AUGAGCAUUAAGCUAUCACCACGCGUGGAUCUUGCAAGCGUUACAAGGCAGAAUAUCGGUACACUGAGGAGACUGAAUGGGGUAAUCUUACCAGUGCCCUACUCAAAUGGCGUGUAUGAGCAAGUACAAUCACCAGAACUCGAGGAUUUCUGUAAAUUGGUUUAUUAUAAUGAUAUCCCCGUUGGUAGCGUCUGCUGUAAGGUGGAAGCCGGGAAGCUGUAUAUCAUGAUACUCGCUGUACUUGCACCGUACAGGAGACAAGGACUGGGGAGGCACAUGCUCAAUCAUAUACUCAAAGCUGCAGUCAGCGAUCCAGAGCCAAUCAUAAAAGGUGAUAAAGUUCAGCCGAGGAAGAAGCUCGAUAGCGUUUAUAUGCAUGUACAGAAGGAGAAUGAUGACGCUAUAGAAUUCUAUAAAGCUAAUGGCUUCUCAAUUCAAGCAGAUGUCAAGGAUUAUUACAAGAGGCUUAAAGGGGAGGGUUCUAGAGACGCGUUUGUUUUAUCCAAAAAGUUGUAA